AUGGCAAGGUCGCGGACGUCAACGACGAUGCUACUCGAUCCCUCGGGCUCCACAGUGCCCGAGAUGCUGUUAUCACAACCGGCGGACGGCGGCCACCUGCGGGAAGAAGCUGGAGGAGCUAAUGGUGCCCCAACGGGUUGUACUAACGCGACGGUGGGACGGACCCGGGUGACGUCAAAGAAGCGAGAUGGACAUACGAAGGUGUACUACCAGGGUUUCUCGUACGCUCGGGCGAACAUUACGAGCGUCAAGAUCUCUGAACUCGUCCCCCGCACCUGUCGAUCGGGCGCUGCACUUCAAAGCAGGACCGCUCAAGCUGAUAGGAGCCCCUGUGAAGAUGUGAGCGAGGCUGUACUAGAGGAGGUGGCUGCCGUCGGCACGAAGAAGUUGCCGUCCUCGUCGUCAAGGUUGGGCGUCGUGACCGCAUCGAAGUAG